GUAAGCUCUUAUCUAGUAUGUGUGUGUAUAUAUAAUAUGGUUGAUUUAGCGCCUAUCUUGAAUCAUUCUUGAUCCGGGCCCACGGAAGGUACCAAAGAGCCUCAAAGUUCAAACAUGAAACACCACAGAACUCCAAGAGCACACUAGAAUUGAAGAAUCAUUCUCCUUCCAAGUCUCCAACUGCAUGUAUUAUUGUAUAAUACUCUAAGUCCAUCGUCUCUAGCAAACCAACACAACAGAAACAGCUUCCUCUAGGCGUUAACUCUUUAUUUUCUAUGUGGAUAAAGCAUCUUGAUCAACUUCUUUGCUGCUUCAAAAUGAGCUUCGGAGAUCUUGAGGCCGGCGGGCAACCACGACACCAACAGCGACAACAGCAGCAAGACCAUUCUCAGGCCCUGGCUUCUGGGAUUUUCCAAAUCAACACCGCCGUGUCUUCCUUCUCUCGCCUUGUCAAUUCCCUUGGCACUUCCAAGGACACCCUAGAACUCCGUGACCGGCAGCACAAGGCAAGGUUACACAUUGCGGAGUUGGUGAGAGAUACUUCAACUAGACUUAAACAGGCCAGCGGAACUGACCAGCAUUUGGAAGUUAGUGCUGCCAACAAGAUCACUGAUGCUAAGCUUGCAAAAGAUUUCCAGUUGGUUCUUAGGGAAUUUCAGAAGGUUCAAAGGCUUGCAGUUGAGAGGGAAGCAACUUAUGCUCCUUUUGUCCCCAAAGAAGUUCUUCCAUCAAGGAAAGAGGUCGUACUGAUGGAUGAGAUUAUACUUAAUGGAGCCAUUAUAGAAGAAAGAGUGCAGGGGAUCAGAGAAAUUCAGCAACAGAUGAUUGAGGUAAAUGAGAUUUUUAAGGAUCUCGCGGUCCUGCUUCAUGACCAAGAUGCACUGAUUGGUGAGCCCUAUGAGGAGAUCAGAGACAUUCAGCAACAGAUGAUUAAGAUAAAUGAGAUUUAUAAGGAUCUCGCAGUCCUGGUCCAUGAACAAGAUGCACUAAUUGAUAAAUAAUCAUACAGUCCAAUUAUUUGGAGCUGACAUCCUCUUUUUGAGGUUUUCUCGCAAAUGAUGUAAAAUUGUCAAGGAUUUCAUCACGCUGUCAACAAAAUCUGGAACUUCUACAUCUCCUGCUCAUUUGUGUAUAAAUGAGUAUCUUUAUGUGUUCAUUGUUGUACCAAGACUCCUAGAGUACUUAUUUGUCUUCUGUUUCAAACUUUGGUGCAACUUAGUACACAAGAUUUAUGUAUGUAAAGAAUAUUUCUUGAUGAAUAUGUUGAUUGAUGUUUGUGAAA